AUGCAUUUGGAAAUUACAGGGCCUUAUUCCUUUAUUUCAGAUGCAGACCAAUGUGAGAGAUGCCCAGAGGAUCACUAUUCCAAUGCAGAAAAAGAGAAGUGCCUCCCCAAAAGGUUCAGCUUCUUGUCCUUCAGGGAACCCUUGGGAAUCAUCCUGACUUCCUUUGUUCUUUUCUUUUCAGCAACCCCCAUUAUGGUGGCAAUCAUCCUUAUUCUGCACUGGGAAACCCCCGUUGUCAAAGCCAACAAUAGAAGCAUCACAUGUGCCCUGCUUUCCUCACUCUUCCUUUGCUUCCUUUGCUCCUUUCUGUUCAUUGGUUGGCCUGGAGAAGUGACCUGCUUUCUCCGGCAAACACUGUUUGGCACUGUUUUUUCCAUCUCCGUUUCCUGCAUCUUGGCCAAAACCAUUACGGUCGUCCUUGCCUUUCUGGCCACCAAGCCAGGAAACCGGAUGAGGAAGUGGGUAGGGAAAGGACUGGCAGGAUUCGUCAUUGUCUUCUGUUCUUUCAUUCAAGUGGGCUUCUGUGUGGUGUGGCUGGCCACGUCUCCUCCCUUCCCAGAGUUGGACAUGCAUUCCCUGACAGAUAAGAUCAUAGUGCAAUGCAACGAAGGAUCAGAGAUCAUGUGGUACAUUGUCCUGGGCUACCUGGGGCUUCUGGCCAGCAUCAGCUUUGCUGUGGCUUUCUUUGCUAGGAAGCUGCCUGAUACUUUCAACGAAGCCAAGCUGAUCACCUUCAGCAUGCUUGUGUUUUGCAGCGUUUGGGUGUCCUUCAUCCCCUCCUAUCUGAGCACCAAGGGAAAAUACAUGGUGGCUGUGGAGAUCUUCUCCAUCUUGGCCUCUACUGCUGGCCUCCUGGGCUGCAUCUUUCUCCCCAAGUGCUACAUCAUUGUCUACAAGCCACAUUUGAACACAAAAGAGCAUCUGACAAGGAGGAGACUUCAAGCGUAA